UAUUGAAAAUGUCUGUGUUCGCUUUCUAUAGACAAUUAGGGUUUAUUUUCGUAAUUGCCUGUGUUGUUGCUGCUAUUGUAAGCUCUUCUACUUUGUUUGGAGAUGUCAGAGACAGGUACUCAAAGAUCGAAACCAAGAUUAUGAUGUUUCAAGUAGUAAAUCUUUGCCUACUUUGAAUUUGCAUUGUUCAUUUCUUUUUCCACUCAAUCGGUGCUUAUCAAGCAGAGAGUUUGGGAAAGUGUUUCAAAUACUUCAGAAUGAUUCCUCUGAUCGGUUUCAUCUUCACUGCUGCAUGGCUGACACACAUAACCUCUAGUAAAGAAUUCUAUGACACAUCUAUCAACAGCAAGUACAACUCUUACAUAGGAGUAAUGAUCUACCAGGUAAUCAACUACUUCGUCUGCUGGUUCCCUUACACAGUCAACGAGUACAUCACCGUAUUCAAGAACGUUUAUUAAUCCGACAACUGUAGCAUGUGAAAUU